AUGCAGCAGUCUCAAGAGAAUAGUAUGGUCAACAGUAUCAAAAGCCGAGGAAAAGUCAGGAGCAAGAAGAAGAAAAAUUCUUUAAGUAAAUUAGAAGGAAGUAGAUCUAGAGAACAGGUUGUAGACGACAUAGAAUUAAUAAUUUUAGUUAGUUCUAAUUGGAGUAAAUACAGAAAAAGAUUCAGUAAUGUUGAAGCAGAUGGUAUAGAAUUAGAGCUAAAGGAACAACUGAACAAUUUUAACGGUGAUGUCAGGUGUAGUGAUGUAGAACACGGUAUGAUAAUGCACUAUGGAGUGCACGUGUUCAAAAUUUUAACGGCUUGCAUGGAAAGCUGGCUCUACGUAAAAAUGUUGGCCCCACCGGUCAUCAGCUGUCAUAAGAAACCUCCGGUCGUCAAUCAGAUCAAAACAGUUAAAUCGGUAAAAUAUGAAGAAGAUGCACCAGAGCACACUCCGGAAGCUGCAGAACUGUAA